AUGAAUAUUCUCGUCGCACAGCUUCAGCAAAUGGAGUUAGUGCGCCAACAUGCCAACGAGACGGUGAGGCAGAUCAAGUUUGAGUUAGCUGAUGAAAGAAAUAAGGUGCAGGGAGCUGCAAUCUUCUUGCAACAAUUAGCUAGAGAAGGUGCAUCGGUCCACAAACAUGAGAACGACCAGGAGAAAAAGGCUUUGAGAGAUGAAGUGAUGAAGUUGACACAGAUAAUAGAAAAGCUGCAAACUGAGCAUGAAACUGAGGUUGCUGUUCUGUAUGAUGAGCGGAUUAAGACAAACAAAGACCGUCGAGAUGCCAUCAGAAGGGCCGACCAGCUGAAAGUAUCUCUGAUCUCAGAGAAGAACAAAACAGCAGAGACUGAGAUCUGUUUAGCCAAGCAGAUGGAAGAAACAUCUAAACUUCAAGCUGCUCUGGUCAAAAUGGAGAAAGAUUUGGAGGAACAUAGACAGCAGUGGGAGCAGGAAAAGGUCCGUCUCCUUACUAGUAACCAAGAAACAUCUGAGGUGGAAAAGCUGAAAUACCGUUUGGAGUCACAGAUGGUUGAGCAUGAAGAUGAGGUUGCUGUUUUGUAUAAUGAGCUGAUCAAAAGGAACGAGGACCGUCGAGAUGCCAUCAGAAAGGCCAACCAGCUGAAAGAAAACCUGGUUGAAGAGAAAAACAGAACAAAAGAGGCUGAGGACAGCUUAGUCCAGCAAAAGGAGGAAGCCUAUAACCUACAGGUUGCUCUGGUCCAAAUGGAGAAAGUUUUGGAGGAACAGCGACAGCAGUGGGAGCAGGAAAAAUCUCAUCUUCUAAGAACCAACCAACAGGAAAGAGAUGAGUUGGAGCAGCUGAAACAGCAGUUAGAGUUACAGAAAGCUGAGGCAGAACAGGAGAUUGCUGCUCUGCAUUUGGAGCAGGAGAAUAAAAACCAAUACCAUCAAGAUGCUGCAAGAAAAGUUAUGGAACUGGAAAUGACUCUGGUUGCUGAGAAGACCAGAACAAAGGAGGCUGAGAUCUGUUUAGCUGAACAAGGGCAGGAAACCUGGAAAAUAAAGGCUGCCUUGGUCAAAAUGGAACAAGACAUGGAGAACCAAAAACUGCUCUGGGCCCAGGAAAAAUCCAGUCUUCUGGAAGAGCAGCAGAAAACUGUCAGAAAUGUGGAAGCAGCUAUGAAAGAGGCUCUGGAGGUUCUGCAUAAUGAAAGGAAACAGUGGGAAACAGAGAAGUCCUGCCUUCUAGAGACAAUUGCAACAACAAAGGAGUCUCUGAAAGAGAUGGAGGGGGAGAGAAAAACCUCAACAGAGAGUCUGACGGAGAAACUGAAAGAUCUGCAGCAGGAGAUGGACACAUUACAAGAAAAAAAACUUAAAAAGAAAUCUUCCAGGAAAAGCAUCUUCAGUGUCUUUAAAAGCUCUAAAAAGGAUCCAUCUCAGUCAGAAACUACCACUGCUAAACCUCCUGAAACCCUCCAACCAAACCAAACUGACAAAAACACUUCCUGA